AUGUCUUCCUUAAUCGUAUACCUAUGCAUCGCAUGCAUCGUCUCUGUAUGGCUUUAUUCGCGCCACAAGAAAUCGCCGCCACUCCCUCCCGGUCCACCCGCAGAACCUUUCAUAGGCCAUAUGCGUAUCUUCCCCACAGUUCAUCAGGCUGAUGUGUUCCACAAAUGGGCUGCGGAAUAUGGAAACGUGUUUUACCUCACUGUCCUUGGGCAGUCGAUGGUGGUGCUCAACGAUUUCCAAAGCGCGACGGAUCUCCUAGAGAAGAGGAGCGGGAUCUACAGUGAUCGGGCAGACUGCACGACAUACGAUCUGAUGGGACUCGCAAAGGCCACAUCCUUGAGACGGUAUGGCACGCAGUGGCGGAGGCAUAGACGAAUGCUGCAAGAACCGUUCUUGGCAAAGAGCUGUGUCUCCUAUCAGGAAUUGCAGCUGCGAGAAGUGCGUAUAAUGCUUAAGAAUAUGCUUUCGUCACCCGCGAACUCUGGAUCAGCUAUUGAACGAUUUGCUGCUGGGAUUACUAUGGACCUCGCUUACGGACACCGUGUGCUCGACGAUGACGACAAGUAUGUCAUGAUCGCCAAGGAGGCAACACAUGCCGUCGAAGCUGGAGGUGCAGGAACGUCGCCGCUCGACUUAUACCCUUUUUUGCAACAUAUCCCUCGCUGGCUUCCCGGUUGUUCUUCGUUCACUGCAGUGGUACGGAAAUGGCGUCCAGCGGUCCUGAGAAUGUACGACGUCCCAUUCGAGGCGGUACUGGCCGAGAUGGCCACUGGAACAGCUCGGCGGUCGUAUACCUCAUCCUAUCUGGAACGGUACAGUAUGGCAGGUACAUGCACCGGUGAGGACCUCCAGUAUGUCAAAGAAACUGCAGCUACGAUAUUCAUAGGCGGCUUCGAUACAACGUGGUCGACCCUACUCGUAUUCGUUUACGCGAUGUUGCUUUUCCCUGAUGCUCAGAGGAAGGCGCGCGAUGAGAUUGAUGGAGUCGUCGGCUCCGACCGGCUUCCAGACUUUAGUGACCGCGCGGAUCUACCGUACGUCGAAUGUGUCCUGCAGGAGGUACUACGGUGGCAUACUAUCCUUCCACUCGGUCUCCCCCACCGCUCGAUUAAGGACGACAUAUACGAUGGGAUGUAUAUACCAAAGGGUUCUCUGGUGAUCCCAAAUGUCAUGGCGAUGAGUCGGGACGAGAAGGUGUACCACGAUCCGGACAAGUUCUGCCCUGAGCGCUUCUUACCCAAACCUGAUGGAUAUGCAGAGCCAUACUUCAAGGCGACGUUCGGGUUUGGUCGACGAAUCUGUCUAGGGCGCCAUCUUGCCGAAAGCACCACAUGGAUCGCAAUAGCAAAUAUACUUGCGAUGUACGAGAUCACGAAUGCGGUCGGCGAGGACGGGGAGAAAAUCGUUCCGGAGAUUGCAUUCACGGAGAAUACAACCAGCCAACCGGAGCCGUUCGAGUGGGUAAUGGUGCCAAGAUCGGAGAAAGCGAAGGCGUUGCUUCUGUCCCAGACAAACUGUUUCGACCCAUGA